GAACAUGAGCGAGCCCGCAGUCAGCGUAGCCAAGGACUUCCUGGCUGUUUGCAUCGCGGCUGCGCUCUCAGAAACCGCCGUGGCUCCGCUCGAGAGGGUCAAGCUGCUCCUUCAGGUACAAAAUGCCAGCAAGCACAUUGUGGCAGAAAAGUACUACAAGGGCUUCAUCGACUGCAUUAUUCGCAUCCCCAAAGAGCAGGGUGUCCUUUCAUACUGGAGAGGCAACCUGGCCAACGUGAUCCGGUACAUUCCGACACAGGCCCUCAACUUCACCUUCAAGGAUAGGUACAAGAAGUUAUUCCUGGAUGGUGUGGACCAGAGCACGCAAUUCUGGCGCUACUUUGCUGGUAACCUGGCCUCAGGGGGUGCUGCAGGGGCCACAUCUCUCUGUUUUGUCUACCCACUAGACUUCGCUCGCACUCGUCUGGCAGCAGACAUUGGCAAGGAAAGAGUGCAGAGGGAAUUCACCGGACUGCGUGACUGUUUUGGGAAAAUACUCAAGACUGAUGGACCAAGAGGUCUUUACAGUGGUUUCAGUGUGUCUGUGCAGGGCAUCAUCAUCUACAGGGCUGCUUACUUUGGCAUCUACGACACCAUCAAGAGUACGUUUCCAGAUCCAAAGAAUGUCCACUUUGUGAUAAGCUGGAUGAUCGCGCAGAGCGUGACUACAGUUGCUGGACUCAUCUCCUACCCUUUUGAUACAGUGCGUCGUCGCAUGAUGAUGCAAUCAGGACUUAAAGGGGCAGACGUCAUCUACACUGGCACAGUGGACUGCUGGAAGAAGAUUGUUCGUAAUGAAGGUGUCCAGGCUUUCUAUAAGGGAACUUGGUCAAAUAUUCUCAGAAGCAUGGGAGGCGCCCUUGUGCUAGUGAUUUACGAUGAGAUAAAGAAAAUCAUCUGAAUAUCCAUCUUGGUUACUUAGACAAAGUCACUGAAUGUUGGAUAAUAACAGGACGGAGACAGAACUAAAAGUCACCUUUAUCAUUAUAUACAUACAGUACAACUGUAUUUUAUAUUAUACAUACGGUAUUGCACAAGAAAAAUGAAGUAGUAAGACCUUCAGUGCUACCUCGCACAAAGAAAGGUGUGUGUGUGUUAUUACGGAAAACAUCACAAUUAGAUAUUUGUUGGGGAUUUGACUCAGUUUGUUGAAAAAAAUCGCAUCUUAAAUAUCUACACUCGAAGCAAUUCAGUAUCGCCAUGUCUUUCCAACUUUAUACCAGCUCAGCAUGACCGUUUUAACAAAAUAUCUCCGCGAAAAAUCAGUUUUACGGUUUUCCACAUCCCUCAAAUGUAGUCAGUCAGACGUGUUUUGUGUCCAUUUGGUGUUGCACUGGAGCUGUGAGGCUAAUAAAGCUAAUGACGUAAUGAAAGUCUGUCUCAC